AUGGAUACAGAAGAACCAUGGGAAGUGCUCCUGUACAGGAAGCAACUUGAAGAUGCUGCUAAGAUCCCAACUGAAUGGAGGAUACCGGAAGAACUGGCCAAUCUACCUGAGACAUCUGGAACAAAUAUGCUAGAUGUCCCACGCCAGUCGGAAAUCUUGUCCGCGAGACAACUCGAGAUAACCGAGAAAUAUGAUGCCACUGAUCUGCUGGGCAAGAUCCAUCGUCAAGAGUUGUCUGCCUAUGAGGUCACCGAAGCAUUUUGCAUUCGCGCUGCCAUUGCACAACAAGUGCGCACAAAGGAUCCGGGCGAGAAGUUAUCCAAAACAGGGACAUCUCUUGGGCCUUUGCAUGGCUUGCCCAUCAGUUUCAAGGAUUGCUUCAAUAUUAAGGGCAUUCCGUCUACGAUUGGAUUUGCCUCGUUCAUCAAAAAUGGGCCUGUCAGUUACACUUCUCUUGCGGUUCUGGUUCUGCUCAACCUGGGGGCCAUCCCGUAUGUGAAGACAAAUGUUCCCCAGACAAUGAUGGCCGCUGAUUCGCACAACUACGUGUUCGGCCGGACGCUCAAUCCUCAUCGACCGAAUCUUACCGCUGACAUUGCUGGCUCUAUUCAAAUUCCAGCUAUCUGCAACGGGAUCUACGCAUUGCGACCUUCCGCAGACCGUAUUCCAUAUGGAGGACAGACCAGCUCUACUCGCCCAGGACGAGCCGGGAUCAAGGCUUGCGCAGGGCCUUUGGCAACAUCGGUCAGAGACCUGGAGCUGUUCAUGAAACUUGUGACCAAUGCAGACCCAUGGCAAUUUGAUUCUUCCGCUUUGUUUUCUCCAUGCCGCACAGUUCCCCCCAAGACCACCCUGCGGCUCGGGCUCAUCCAGGAGGAUACGAAUUUCCCUCUGCAUCCACCAGUCCUCCGAACUCUUACAAGUGCAAUUGAAAAGCUUCAAGCAGCUGGGAAUGAGAUUGUUCCUCUACAUAUCCCGCUUAUUCGAAAUGCCUGUACGUUGGCAUUUCGCAUGUUCUCGAUGGAUCCAGCUCGCACUCCAUUCAAGCACAUCGCUGCCAGGCUAUACGACCUCAACGAGGAGUGCAAUUGGAUCAAGGAGGCUUUCCGAACUCUCAUUACGGGGGCCGAAGUGGAUGCCAUUAUCAUGCCCGGCUAUCAAGGUACCGCUCAACCACAUGACGUGUUUGGCUUUGUGCCCUACAUUGUCUUUUGGAAUCUGAUGGAUUACCCGAGCUGUAUCAUUCCGCAUGGCAAGGCGAACAACGCCGCCGACCAAGCAUUCAUUCGGAGUGUGGAUUACAAACCUCCCUAUGUGGCUGAUGACAUCGAGGGAGCUCCGUGUUCCGUGCACCUCGUUGGCCGAAACAUGCACGACGAGGAAUUGAUGAAAGUGGCGGAGCUUGUGUCCAAGACACUCGAGCUUUGA